CCCCAAAAGUAAGUUAUGGGGACAGCACUUUGUGACAAAGAAAGAUAGAGUUAUCUACCUUGAAACGAACGGAGAACACGUCGCGGUAAAAAAAGAGAAAUAUAUUCGACCACCACCAUGGCUUCCAGAGCAGAAACGGGCAACGAUCAGAACACAUACGGCCUUAUGACGCGACCAAAUAAACCCUUUAUGAUCGGUAUUGGUGGAGGUACAGCUUCGGGAAAGUCUUCAGUCUGUGCUAAAAUUAUUGACCAACUGAGAUACCUUGACAGCAAUGGACGACAGGUUGUGAUUAUCAGUCAAGAUGCCUUCUAUCGAGAUCUUAACGAAGACGAGAAAAAGAAAGCAAUUAAAGGAGAAUUUAAUUUUGACCAUCCAGAUGCAUUUGACUAUAAAAGAAUGCUGCAGACAAUGAAGGAUUUAACUGCUUCUAAACCUAUCAUGAUACCAAAAUAUAAUUAUAUUUCAUGUACAAAGGAAGAAAAUGGAGUGUUUUUGGAGCAGCCUGAUGUAAUUUUCGUAGAAGGAAUUUUGACAUUUUAUUUUAAAGAAAUCCGUGACCUAUUUCACAUGAAACUGUUUGUGGACACUGAUGCAGACACUCGGUUAGCAAGACGAGUUAAUCGAGAUGUUCUGCGAGGCAGAGAUCUUGAGCAUAUUCUCAACCAAUAUACAUCACUUGUCAAACCUGCAUUUGAAGAAUUCUGUCUACCAACAAAGAAAUAUGCUGAUGUCAUCAUACCAAGAGGUGCAGAUAACACAGUUGCCAUUGAGUUAAUCGUCCAACAUAUCCAAGAAUUACUACGACCGAGCAAAAGUGAAUUCUUCCCAGACUCAAAGCCCUUAGUAAUUGACUAUGAAUGCCAUUGACAUAUGCAAUGUCAUACAGCUGUGCUGAUAGCAAAACAUAUUAGAAUGUUUGCAUAUUUUUCGUUUAGGGUUUUACUAAUUUUCUUUAAUUAAUUAUUAUUAAUUAUGUAAAAAACCUUUUGUAACAUUUUCAUUUUCAAUUUUUGUUGUUGUUAUUUUUAUUAUUUGUAAUUUAUAUGAUUAAUAUUUUACUUAGGAGAAAUAACUUCUAUUUAUAUGACUGUUAAUAAGCCUGGAUUAAUUAACACUUAUUCAUUUUCUCCAAUUAACAAUAAUUGAAAUGGUUUAAAUUAUGGAAAAAAAAAAGCAAGCGAGCAAAAAUGGACCCAGAAAAAAAAAACAUGAAAAGAAAAAUUAAAGAAUA